AUACAGCAGCAGCAGCAUGCAGCAUUCAGACAGAUAAACUCAUCACACACAGCCUUCUCCUUGAUCUGCUAUCAAGUUAGGAAAACUCUGAAUCAAGUCUGGUGUUCAAGAUGCACGCAUUUUUCCUCCUGGUCCUGUGUGCUGUAGUGUGCGGCGUCAGCUCCAACAGCCAGCAAGUUGUCAUUGAGACUCUAAUGGAUAAUGUCGUGGUCCUGAGAGUGCCUCAUGGUCCGAGACCCGUGGUGAACGUUCCUCUGAGCUGCGGAGAAGCUUACCAGAAUCAGCCUGUGUUUUGGAAGAAAAAUGGUGUGGAGAUGAAUCCAUCUCUGGUGGGGAACCAUGUCACUGUUUCUGUUGAAGAGAUGAAAGGAGGAAACUUCACUUGUCACUUCAGUCCAGAUGGAGAUGCCCUCAACCACACUAUAAUCCUGAUCCAGCUACAACCAGAUAAGAGUGUCAUUCUGGAGAAAAAAUCACCCGCAGAAGGUUACAUUCACUGCUCAGCACCAAACUAUAAAGGCUCCUUCCACUGCACCUGGACAAGAACUGAGUUCAGAACCAAUGCAGCUGUGCUCCUGGUAAAGGCACAACGGUAUAUGGAAAACAUUCCCUGUGAACUGAAUGCGGAUGGAUCAGGGGUUCACUGCCAGGAUGCCAACUGUCCAUACAACGAGGAACGACACCGCAUCUCCCUCGCUGUUUACAUCUACAGCUCCUCUCUCCUGGAGGCCUACACAAAGUCUUUCUACCUGAGAGAGAUUGUGAGGCCGGCAAAACUCCCCAACCUGCAGCUCAGCGAUGGGAGGGUGUUCAGCUGGGACUACCCCGACUCCUGGGAGAAGCCCUGCACUUUCUUUGGCCUACAGUUCGAAGUCAAGGCAGUCCACAGUGGACAUUCUUGCCACAGUGACUCGCUCAUAAUGAGCAACACCACUGAUCAAACCAGGUAUGAGGUCAACAUCAAAACCAGAAGGUAUGUUUUCUGUGUGCGAGCUCAGGACAAGCACACCAGCGGGCCUUGGAGCCACUGGAGUCAGUGCACAGUGAACAAAAACAAUGUGAGCUGCUAACCUGUCACCGGCCUGUAGCCAAAAAAGAAGGAAGAGAAGACGGAUGGAUAAAUCUAUUUUUUUAAUUCUAUUUUUUAAAAUUUUCCCACAUUUUUACCUGUACAGUAUUUAUUCAUCAUUCAAGUUGUCUCUAUGGAGCUAGAGUAUAUCGUUAAAAUAAAUAUUUGCCAUGCUAUGGUUCAAAUCAAUUACUAUUUCAUCCACACCCUUAUUUAUUACCGUUUUCGCAGGAUUAUUUCUGCAAUAUUUUUUUAACAUUUCAUAAUAAAUGCAUGAACAUAUCA